CAUUCUGAACACGUUGGGGGAGUCAGGAAGUUUAGUAACAAUACCUACAUCUUUGGGAACUUUUGACACUACGGGCGUUUAUUUUGGUAUUAAAAUAAAAAAUGGCGUCUCUAAAUGGGAAACCGGACGUAAUAUUUGAGGAAGAUGACCUGCCUUACGAGGAGGAGAUCAUCAGGAAUCCGUACUCGGUCAAGUGCUGGAUGCGCUACAUCGAGUUCAAACAAAACGGCACAAUGUCCAUCCUCAACAUGAUAUAUGAACGAGCUCUGAAAGAGCUACCUGGCAGUUACAAGUUAUGGUACAACUACCUGAGAGAGAGACGGAAACAGGUCAAAGGGAAGUGCAUCAUGGAGCCAGCCUACGAGGAGAUCAACAACUGCCAUGAAAGAGCACUGGUUUUCAUGCACAAGAUGCCGAGGAUAUGGCUGGACUACUGCCAGUUCCUGGUGUCGCAGUGUAAGAUCACCAGGAGCAGACGCACAUUUGACCGAGCGCUCCGAGCCCUUCCCGUCACUCAGCACCCUCGCAUCUGGCCCCUGUACCUCCGCUUUGCCCGGAACCUGCCCCUGCCUGAGACCGCCAUCCGUGUCUACCGCAGGUACCUCAAGUUGUCCCCAGAGAAUGCGGAGGAGUACAUAGAUUACCUGCGUUCCUGUGGCAAGCUGGAUGAAGCAGCAGUACGUCUGGCAGCCGUUGUCAACGAUGAGAGCUUUGUGUCCAAGGAGGGAAAGUCUAACUACCAGCUAUGGCACGAGCUGUGUGACCUGAUCUCUCAGAACCCAGACAAGGUGAACUCUCUGAAUGUUGGGGCCAUCAUCCGUGGAGGCCUCACUCGCUUCACAGACCAGCUGGGCAAACUCUGGUGCUCCCUGGCUGACUACUACAUCCGCAGUGGACAUUUUGAAAAGGCUCGUGAUGUGUAUGAGGAGGCCAUCUUGACGGUGGUGACGGUAAGAGAUUUCACCCAGGUGUUCGACAGCUAUGCCCAGUUUGAGGAGAGCAUGAUCGCUGCCAAGAUGGAGACUACCUCAGAGUUGGGGAAAGAUGAAGAAGAGGACAUAGACCUGGAACUGCGUCUGGCCCGCUUUGAGCAGCUGAUCGCCCGCAGGCCCCUCCUGCUGAACAGUGUGCUGCUGAGACAGAAUCCCCACAACGUCCACGAGUGGCAUAAGAGGGUCAAACUGUACGAGGGGAAACCACGACAGAUCAUCAACACCUACACAGAGGCAGUUCAGACAGUGGACCCUAUGAAGGCUACUGGGAAACCCAGCUCUCUCUGGGUCUCCUUCGCCAAGUUCUACGAGGAGAACGAGCAGCUAGACGACGCGCGGACCAUCUUUGAGAAAGCCACCAAGGUGAACUAUAAGCAGGUUGACGACCUGGCUGGCGUGUGGUGUGAAUACGGAGAGAUGGAGCUACGCCAUGAGAACUACGAACAGGCGCUACGUAUACUGAGGAAAGCAACUGCCAUCCCGUCCAAGAAGGCAGAGUACUUUGACGUGUCAGAGCCCGUGCAGAACAGAGUGUACAAGUCUCUGAAGGUCUGGUCCAUGCUGGCUGACCUGGAGGAGAGUUUGGGAACAUUCCAGUCCACCAAGGCGGUGUACGACCGCAUCAUUGACCUGCGCAUAGCCACGCCCCAGAUAAUCAUCAACUACGCCAUGUUCCUGGAGGAGCACAACUACUUUGAGGAGAGCUUCAAGGCGUACGAGCGUGGCAUCGCCCUCUUCAGGUGGCCCAACGUCUAUGACAUCUGGAACACCUACCUCACCAAGUUCAUCGACCGCUACGGGGGCAAGAAGCUGGAGAGGGCCCGGGACCUGUUUGAGCAGGCGUUGGAUGGCUGUCCAGCCAAGUUCGCCAAGACCAUCUACCUGCUGUACGCCAAACUGGAGGAGGAGUUUGGGUUGGCGCGUCACGCCAUGGCGGUGUACGAGAGAGCUACGCAGGCGGUGGACAACACGGAGAGGCAUCACAUGUUCAACAUAUACAUCAAGAGGGCUGCAGAGAUCUACGGUGUCACCUACACCAGAGCGAUCUACCAGAAAGCCAUCGAGGUGCUUCCAGACGAACACUCCAGGGACAUGUGCCUGCGCUUCGCUGACAUGGAGAGCAAACUGGGCGAGAUCGACCGGGGCAGAGCCAUAUACUCCUACUGCUCUCAGAUCUGUGACCCAAGGAUGACGGCCACGUUCUGGCAGACGUGGAAGGAGUUUGAGAUCCGCCACGGGAACGAAGACACUAUCCGGGAGAUGCUGAGGAUCAAGCGCAGCGUCCAGGCCACGUACAACACACAGGUCAACUUCAUGUCCUCACAGAUGAUGAAGGCCACCACCAACGCCACCAUCUCAGACCUUGCCCCGGGCCAGCUGGGACUGGAUGAUAUGAAGCUGUUGGAGCAGCAGGCCCAACAGCUGGCCGCCGAGGCUGAACAGGACAAACCUAAACUCAAAGAGAAGAUCCUCUUCGUCAGGAGUGACACAUCUCGCAGUGAGCUGGCUGAACUGGCCAAACAAGCCAACCCCGAUGAGAUUGAUAUUGAUGAUGAGGAUGAGGAUGGUGAUGAUGAAGACCAGGGCCCAGAUGAGGUGCAGCUGGAACAGAAAAGUGUCCCCACUGCUGUCUUUGGAGGGCUGAAAGAAGGAGAAGAUUGAAUACAGAAUGUUGGGAUGGUAUCUGUCCCACAGACAUGACAUCACAGACGAGCUCCAUGGUCUACGAAUGGAGGCUUUUCAACCCCUGUAAAAUGUAUGAUGAAAAUAGAUUGUAUGGAAUGUGAACUUCGUCGUUGAUCUUUUCUACAGUGGCAAGAAAAAGUAUGUGAACCCUUUGGAAAUACCUGGGUUUCUGCAUAAAUUGGUCAUGAAAUUUGAUCAUCUAGGUCACAACAACAUACAAACACAGUCUGCUUAAACUAAUAACACACAAACAAUUAUACGUUUUCAUGUCUAUUGAACACACCAUAUAAACAUUCACAGUGCAGGUGGGAAAAGUAUGUGAACCCUUGGAUAUAAUAACUGGAUGACCCUCCUUUGGCAGCAAUAACCUCAACCAAACGUUUUCUGUAGUUGCGGAUCAGACCUGCACCACGAUCAGGAGGAGUUUUGGACCAUUCCUCUUUACAAAACUGUUUCAGUUCAGCAAUAUACUUGAACUGCUCUCUUGAGUUCAUGCCACAGCAUCUCAAUCGGGUUGAGGUCAGGAUUCUGACUGGGCCACUCCAGAAGGUGUAUUUUCAGAUGGGAUGAGGUUUUGAUGUUGGUGUGUUGUGCCUUUUUUCUUCACACAUAAUUGUUGUGUGUUCCUUCCAAACAACUCAACUGUAGUUUCAUCUGUACACAAAAUAUUUUGCCAGUAGCGCUGUGGACCGUCCAGGUGCACUUUUGUAAACUAAAGAUGUGCAUGAAUGUUUUUGGACAGCUGUGGCUGCUUCCGUGGUUCCUUCCAUGAACACCAUUCUUGUUUAGUGUUGACUCGUCAGAGAUGUUAGCAUGUUCCAGAGAUUUCUGUAAAGUCUUUAGCUGACACUAGGAUUCUUCUUAACCCCAUUGAGCAUUCUGCGCUGUGCUAUUGCAGUCAUCUUUGCAGGACAGCCACCCCUAAGGAGAGUAGCAACAGUGCUGAACUUUCACCAUUUAUAGACAAUUAGUCUUACCGUGGACUGAUGAACGUUAAGGCUUUUAGAGAUAUUUUUGUAACCCUUUCCAGCUUUAUGAAAGUCAACCAUUCUUAAUCUUAGGUCUUCUGAGAUCUUUUUUGUUCGAGGCAUGGUUUACAUGAGGCAAUGCUUCUUGUGAAUAGCAAACUUUGAGUGUUUUUUUAUAGGGCAAGGCAGCUCUAACCAACAUCUCCAAUUUCGUCUCAUUGAUUGGGCUCCAGGUUAGCUGACUCCUGACUGCAAUAGCUUUUUCAGAAGUCUAGGGGUUCAUACUUUUCCCAACCUACACUGUGAAUGUUUAAAUUAUGUAUUCAAUAUAGACAAGAAAAAUACAAUAAUUUGUGUGUUAUUAGUUUAAGCACACUGUUUGUCUAUUAUUGUGACUUAGAUGAUCAGACCAAAUUUGAUGACCAAUUUAGGCCGAAAGCCAAGUAAUUCCAAAGGGUUCAUACUUUUUCUUGCCACAGUAUGUUGUCGACUGUAAGUGUUUUGCUAGAUCAGUGAAUAAAAAUGAGAUUUGUGAAUAAA